GUAAGGACAUUCUGUGUUACUGAAGGAAGGUGCUCCUAUUUGUGGAGUGACUUAUAAUGUCAAGAACUGUAUCAUCCUGGAUCUUAAGCUCAGCAAGAAACAGCAUUGUUUUACAAGGAAAAGGACGUUUGUACUCCAUCUGUAUCCCAAACAGAAACAAGAUAAAAUGGAAGCUUGUUUUCUCCAAAACACGUCUCUACCCUGCUGGGAGCUGCAGCUUAGACAAUACUUUCUCCUUAAAAAAAGCAUUCCGACACACUUCCACCGAAGAAGAACAUUUCUCUUUCCAGUUGUCUCCAUCACAAAUCAAUGAUAUACUCAGAGCAGGUGAAUUAUCCCAUAAAAUACUGGAUUUGAAUGGUAAAAAUGCAAAUUCUGUGUUGAAGUUUGAAAGUAACCAGUUGGCAUCCAACACCCCUAUUGAAGACCGCAGAAGUGCAGCCACGUGCUUGCAGACCAAAGGGAUGAUGUUUGGAGUCUUUGAUGGCCAUGCAGGUUCUGCGUGUGCUCAGGCAGUAAGUGAGAGACUGCUCCAUUAUAUAGCAGUUUCUCUCAUGUCUCGGCAAACCUUGGAAGAGAUCGAGCUUGCUGUGGACUGCAUGAAACCAGUUCUGCCUAUUCUGCAGUGGCACAAGCAUCCAAAUGAUGUAGAGUAUCGAGAAAUAACUUCACAAUAUUUUGAAAACCUCCGGGUUUACUGGCAACAUUUACUGGACCUAGACACCGAGCCAGGAUUUAGUUUAGAAGAAGCCAUGAUAUGUGCAUUCAAACGGUUAGACUCGGAUAUAUCACUGGAAGUUCAGGCUCCCCAGGAAAAUGAAUUGAUGAGGAAUAUUGCCCUUCAAGUAGCUUUUUCUGGUGCAACAGCCUGUGUAGCUCACAUUGACGGUGUUCACUUACAUGUUGCAAAUACUGGUGAUUGCAGAGCAAUUUUAGGUGUUCAUGAAGAAGACGGAACGUGGUCUACUCUCCCUCUGACCCGAGACCACAAUGCCUUUGAUGAAUUUGAAAUUAGAAGACUGAAGAGAGAACAUCCUAGAUCUGAGGAGAAAACCCUAUUUGUGAAUGACAGAUUACUGGGGAUUCUCAUGCCCUCCAGAGCUUUUGGAGACGUGCAAUUAAAAUGGAGUAAAGAAUUGCAACACAGUGUUCUCGAGAAUAGCUGUGAUGUUGAGUCUUUAAAUAUUUAUCAGUACGUUCCUCCAAACUACCAUACACCCCCUUAUUUAACUGCAGAGCCUGAAGUCACAUACCACAAAUUAAGAAGCAAGGAUAAGUUUCUAGUUAUUGCUUCGGAUGGACUAUGGGAGAUGCUAAGUAAUGAGAAGGUUGUAAAACUUGUUGCUGGGCACCUUACAGAGCUUAAUGUGCAGAAACCACAACUGGCUUUUGAGAAACCAGUUAAUUUGGGUUAUAUGCACAGCUUGUUACUUCAGAGGAAAAACAGAGGCAUUGCCUCACUUGACCAGAACAUAGCUACUCAUUUAAUAAGGCAUGCAAUUGGAAGUAAUGAGUAUGGGGAGGUGGACCAAGAGAAACUUGCUGCAAUGCUAACACUGCCUGAAGACCUUGCAAGAAUGUACAGAGAUGAUAUCACUGUUACUGUGGUGUAUUUUAAUUCAGAAACAAUUGAAAAUUACUACAGAAACAAUGAAUAGAGACUUGAACUGCUGCUGUUCUAUACCACUAGCCAACUUUGAUACUGAAACCAUUAUUGUUUUUCUCUGAUAGUCAAGCUGCUACCAGUGUUAUGGUCUGGAAGUUCCUAAAUCUUUUUGUUACUU